GUCACAUGUAAAGAGAGCCGGUUCAUUCAGGAAGGAAAACAUUUAUUGAGGGCAACCGUGUCUAUUUCAUCGAGGUAUCAUAAUGGCACCGCUGUGAGGUUGGUAUGUUUGACCGAGCAUCACAUUUCCUUUGGAGAAGGUCUGCCCUUUGGCAGAUUGUUGCCUUGCACAGCCCAUCUGCCACUGGGAGAGGCUAACAGUGAAGCAGCAUGUCCAGUGGGAAUGAGUCCUGUCUGUUUGAGAAUGGAUCCGUCAGCUUCCUCUCCUGCUUAGUUCAUGUGUGGGAGGAGUGGGCAGGGCUCGGGCAGCUCGAGGACUACCUCAGUUUCUUGGAGUAUCUACUCUGGGUUUUCACACCUCUAGCCAUAGUCUUCAUCCUGCCUUUUCUCAUAGUUAUCUUCCUCUAUCUGUCCAUACUCUUCCUCCACGUGUAUAAACGCAAGAACCAGUUGAGGGAAGCUUAUUCAAAUAACUUGUGGGAUGGUGCGAGAAAGACUCUGGCAACCCUGUGGGAUGGGCAUGGAGCUAUUUGGCACGGUUAUGAAAUCCAUGGUUUAGAAAAGAUUCCAGAUGAAGGACCUGCACUCAUAGUCUACUAUCAUGGAGCUAUUCCUAUAGACUACUAUUAUUUCUUGGCAAGUGUUAUCAUUCAGAAGGGAAGAACUUGUCAUUCAGUGGCUGAUCAUUUUCUGUUCAAGGUCCCAGGGUUUAAGCUCCUUUUGGAGGUGUUCAGUGUGAUCCACGGGCCGCAGGAGGAGUGUGUGAAGGCCCUGCGGAACGGUCACCUCCUGGGUAUCUCUCCUGGAGGAGUACGGGAGGCCCUGUUCAGCGACGAGACGUACCCUCUGCUCUGGGGCAAACGCAAAGGAUUUGCACAAGUGGCCAUUGACUCUAAAGUGCCAGUAAUACCCAUGUUUACUCAAAACCUGAGGGAAGGAUUUCGCUCUCUCGGAACAUUAAGAUUUUACCGCUGGGUGUAUGAGAGAUUUCGACUACCGAUAGCACCCAUUUAUGGAGGAUUUCCAGUCAAAUUUCGCACCUACCUGGGUGACCCUAUUCCGUACGACCCUAAACUCAAUGCAGCUGAGUUGGCUGAAAAGGUGCAACAGGCAGUUCAAGCACUUAUCGACAAACACCAGAAGAUACCUGGAAACAUCCUCCGAGCUCUUCUAGAGCGAUUCCAAAGGGAACGCAAAGAAGAUUAGCAGCACACUUGCCUUCUCUCAGACUGAAGAAAUAAAUAUGCUUCAAGGAUAAUUCAACUGAAUACUGGAGAUUUUAUAAUACUGUUACAUCAUAAGAUUAGCAACUACGUUACUGACACUUUAGUGGACGUAUCAGCAUAUAUCGGAAUGUUGCAUAUCAAAUAAUGGUGUGUGUCUUCGUAAUAUCUGGUUACGUGUAGUCUUCUGCAUGUCGAAGAGUGUGUGUUUUUAUGCGUUUUUAUUUUUUGGUUUAAAUCUACAACUUAUUUGCACACUUUGAUUUCAUUCAAAGGACCACUGCCAAAAGAGUUUCCACAAAGCCUUUGGUUAGUUUCUCUCUCUUUUUUUAAUGUUCUUUUAAAAUAGCAUUCUGUCCCAGAAAUCGAUAAUAUUUAUCUGUCUGAAGGAAAAUUGUGCAUACUGUGAUUUUUGGCAUUUUGUAAGCGCACUUAAUAAUAAUAAUAAUAAUAAUGGGAGAUACAUGCUUGAACAUUUGUUGUUUGAUGUUGAAUACUUAUUGUUUUAGACUAAUAUCUCUGUAUUAAUUCUCAGAGGCAAACUGCUAUUUAAGCAUCAGUUGAUACUGGUUUGUCCCACUCUCAGAACUUAUUACAUUCUGAUU